CCAAAUACGUACAGCAGCAGUCGACGCAUUCUGAACAGCUGUUUUCCAAAACCAAUCUCUCUCCAUUCCUCUUAUGUUGCAGCUGUGAACAAGUCGAAAACCUAAACUUCGUCAAGCAUAUGGACUUUUUUCUCUUGAAACAUACUUUAAACAGUGAUUUCUAAUAUUCUUCGUCGCACGACCACUUCGAUUCGCACAAUUAUCCUCAGGAAAUUGUGUUUUUUUCCAGUUUAUUAUGGCAUCCACCGAGUCUGGCGCACGAUUUCAGGUGCUUAGCUACCCGCAGGUUGUGCGGUUGGACGAGGUGCUCACCACCCCGGUUGACGUGCAUGGCAGGGGCAACUUCCCAACCUUGGAUGUUACUCUCUUGGAUUUAGUGGAAAAUGUUCGUGAAAAACUUGUUGACAGCAACAUUGAUGUCCGAUGUAUUCGAUUGAAUGGGGGUGCAGCUAGCUAUAUCUUGAGUACGGAUGAGAAUCAAUCGUACAACGACUUGGAUUUGAUUUUUGGAGUAGACCUGUCAAAGUUGGAAAACACAGGAAUUAUCCGUGAUGCUGUGUUCGAAUGCCUGCUCAACUUUCUCCCCAAGGAAGUUAAUAAGGAACGUAUGUCAUCGUGCACCAUGCAGGAAGCUUACACGGAGAAAAUGGUGAAAAUCUACAAUGAUAAUGACCGCUGGAGCUUGAUAAGUCUCCUGAACAUGGCUGGCAAGAAUAUCGAGUUGAAGUUUGUUGAUCGAAUGAGAAGACAGUUUGAGUUCAGUGUGGAUUCCUUCCAGAUUGUUCUGGAUUCUCUUCUCUUCUUCCGGAAGAUAUCUGAAGUGCCCAUGACCAGGCAUUUCUAUCCUUCUGUUGUGGGAGAGAGUGUCUUUGGAAACUUUGAGGAAGCCUUGUACCACCUUCACAAUAAGUUGAUUGCGACGAGAAAUCCGGAAGAGAUCCGGGGCGGUGGGUUGCUCAAGUACUGCAACCUCUUGUCGCGGGACUACAGCCCUGCCUGCGAGGAUGAGAUAAAAAAGAUGGAGAGGUACAUGUGUUCUCGAUUCUUCAUCGACUUCUCAGAUGUUCUUCAGCAGCAUCAGAAACUUGAAAGCUAUCUGAGCACGCACUUUGCGGAAGAUGUGGAUAAGUACGAAUAUUUGAUCAUCCUUCGGAGAGUCAUAGAUUCCAGCACAGUGUGCCUGAUGAGCCAUGAGCGUCGGCAGACUCUAAAGCUGAUCACGGACUUUGCCCAGAGUGUUCAGUGGUCACUCGCGUUCCAGUCGACCUCGAUGAAACCGGUCAAUCUCUACUCGCAGCUUCCAGUCACAUUCGCGGUGCCGCCACCACCAACAUCUCCUACCACCGCCACCACCAAUCACAGCAACAGCUGGCAUUCUGUUGCCGUCCCUUCCCAUCAUCAACAGUACCACCAACCACACCAUCAGCAGCAACACUACAACAGCAACAGAGGUCAAGGAAGACAUCGCAACAACAUUCCCUUCAAGUCCCGACAGGGAAAGAACAAUGCCUACAACUCCAGCUACAAUGGGAAGCCAAGAUUCAUUCCUCACAUGAAUAGCUACAGACAUGACCCUAAUAAUAAUAAUAAUAAUUAUAAAAAUGGGUUGAGGAAUAACAACGUUGAUUGUAGGUGGACUAGUUGUUACUAAUGAGUGUCCACUAGACUGACUGAAAACAGAUACUGUUGUGUUUUCCUCAUCACUUUUUAAGACUGUGUUGUCUCAAAUAUUUGGAACAGAAAGCUUUAAAAAGGUACUAUGGAUAUUUUUAUGUAAAAUAUCCAAUGCUGUUUAUUCUUGGUUAUGACUCAGACUUGCCAAUUUAUGUUCAGACACGUUAGACAAUUUUUUGUAAAAGGACAAUAUGAAAUGUGUAUUAUUCUUGUGCAAACUUCGGUUCCAUUCAAAUGUUAUUUUCCCCUCCCUGCCAACUGAUAUGUUUGUGGCAUAUCUUGGUCAGGAGAAGUAUUACAUUUACAUCUGGAUAUCUUUGCUACAACAUUGAAAUGUGUGUGUCUCGGAGAAGAAUGUUGUAAUAUGGAAUGUGAUGUCUGAUAGUUGCAUAGUAUGUUCAUGUUUAUGUACACUUGUUCGAACCCCAGGUACAGACAGACAGUGCCAUGAUUCCUCGAAAUACAUGUAAUGGGGGUCCAAAUUUGCAUUUUGACAUUGGCUAAGUUUCAGGUUGAUUUUGCAUGAAUAAUGUGCAGUAAAUCUUGAAAUAGCGGUAUUUCAAACUUUGCUGAAAGUUUACAUCAGUCAAGGUGCACAAGACAUUUGUGCACUUAAUUGAUGUCUGGCAAUUGCAUUAGUAUUAUGAACUUCUCUGUUCACAGAACUUACAAUUCUGUUACCUGUAGUACAUCAGUCCAUUGAAUGUACAAAAUCUCAAAAUGUAGGUACUGAACUGUCAUAUUUUUCAGAAAGGAAAUUUGUAAUUUUUGGGGACCACGAAUUAUAUAAAUAGAAUAUUUAGAUCAGAAAAGUAUCUUCAGUACAUAUUUGAUAGUUUUGAAUAGCACAGCGAGCUGUCAAAAUUUUUAACAGUGACAUUGCAAUUUCAUAGUGUGUAAGGCUUUAUGGAAAUUACCUUUGCACUUGUUUACAUGUAUGCCUGUAGGUGAAGACCCAUGGAAAUUCCAACAACCUUUCUUCCUCUAAAAUGGGGAAUUUUCUCUUCAGGUCUUGUGCAGUCUUGUUUCAACAUGCAUUACAUGUGUCAAUAUCGGGAUAACCAUGAUGAUUGCAAAACAGGUCAUAUUGACUGACUGAGUAUUUAGAAGCAGAAGGUCAUUCAUCAACUGCUGUGAAACAAUAGGUAUUCCUUCCCUUUUAAUUCUGAACUGACAGUUGGUAUGAUUGCACAAGCCCCCCUUACACAAGCAAUCCAGGAAGCUUAUGUACAUAAUGAAUGGGUUUAAAGGUCUGGAUUGUGCAAUGCUCCUCUUGUGCGUUCAUAUUGCUUUGGUUGUUGAAUGGACCUUGGCCUGUGAGGGGCUUCAGACAGCCACAAACAGAACUCGGUAUAGUAGACCCUCCCUUAGCCCUUGUCAAGCAAACAAUAGGUACUUCUCACUCGUCCAUUAUGGUCUGUGAUACAAAAGUGCGUGGGUGAACUGGGGACUGAAGACUGAUUAUUAGUGGUUUUAAGUGCCUUGUAAUGUUUCUCAGAAUUAGCCAAGAUCUUUUGCUGUAUAAGCUUCAAAUCCUAUUGGGCUUAAUCCUGGACAGUUUUUUUUUUAAUCAUAAAAUCCACCUCAUAAUUUUACAUACAGUACUGAUGAAUGAAGUAAUCAUUUAUUACAUGUAGACCCAAAUCUUCAUAUCUGUUGCAAACUUAUGUGUUCUUUGCAAAAAUAAUCAGAACAUUGUUGUCCUAAAUUCUAAAAUACAAUCAGGAAUGUUAUCAAACUGUUUAUGCAUGAUAUAUUAACAUUUUACAACCAUGGUAUUGGAAUUAAGUGGUAUUCACAUGUCACGAAUAUAGGCUUCAUGUCGACCUACAGCUCUAAUUAGGUUUAGAGCCCACUUUUCAAAAGAUGAUGGAAAUGAAACAUUAAGGUUUAAAAGGAUUUCAAGCAUUCCCUUGUAAAAUUAGGCUUCUGCUGCAAUGGAGGUAAUUGUGUAUGGCUCCAAUCUAAAUUUCCUAGAUUCUUUUUAUUUUCAAAUUCAUCAAACAUUUUAAACGGUUAUCCUAUACAUGUAGGCUUAGAAAUAAAGAAAAUCUACUUUUAGAUUUUACAUCCUAAUGCUGCUUGUAAACAGAGCAUCUUAUUACAGUUUGAUGGUUGAUUGGAUGUUGACCAAUGUACCAUGGACAAUAAGAGGUAUUAAGAGAUUGACAAUCAAAGGAAGAAAAGAAAAUGCAGUUUCAGACAUUGACAAGCAGCUUACCUUUUGAUGCACUCCCAACCGUACAAUACACAAACAGAUAGGUUUAAGGAUGGAGCUACUAUGGUUUAAUAGCUCCAUGGUUUAAGGUAUUAAGGGGUUUUGGGUUCACUCUAGUGUAAAACCAGGGGAGUUGAGAGUCCCUGGGAAAACAUUUUUUUUACACCAAUCAGGUUUCAAAAUAUCAAUGACCAGUUUGCAGCUUUAAUUUUAAGAGAUGGGUUUUGGCUUUGAAUAGUUUGUUUUCCUUGAAGAAGCUUGAACUUUCCGACAGACUUGAGGUUGACAGAUGAACUCCCAGCUUUUUUUAAAUGUAUCACGUCACAAUGUGACAGUUUCAAACAGGUGGCUUGUUGUAAACACGGCUUGCAGAAUUGCAGGGGAUUGAAGCAUACAUGAACAAGGAGUUGGAAGUAGAUGAGCCAAGGUACUUACCAAGGAAUGGGGGGGGGGGGGUAUUAAGACCUGAACUACAUUCUCUGGCUUUAUACAUGUAGGACAUUGCUCAAUGGCUUAAAGGUCAAGUCCACCUCAGUUAUGCUUAACUCUGUUUCCAUACAAUAUACUGUAGCAAAUAUUGUUCCCCUAAAUGUAUGGGCUAUUUAAGACUAAUCUGUGCAGUUUAGCAAGGAUGAUUAAUUUGAAGUCUUAAAGAAGAAGCAACAUAUACAACUUGCAAAAUGAGAAUCCAGAUUUUGAUGUCGGUGUCACAGAAAUUAGGAUUCUUUUAAAAGCAAUAUCACUGAAACAGAGACCAAUUUUAUGUGCAACUGUGAAAGUUAGGUACUCGUUUGCAUCUAUUUAAUUGCAAGGUAGUUGUUAUCUUUGUAUGUAGUUUUGUAGGUGGUUUUUGUAGCCUUUUUUGUGGAAAGGUUGUCUGAUCAGUUAAUGUUCUUGAUUCACAAUUUCAAUUCUCCCGGAGCAGCUGUGUUUGUACAUAUAUAAGAAAAUAUUGAAAAUGCAGAUUUGCCCUCAAAAUGCCCAAUCCUAGAAUAUGAAGUUCAGCUUCAAAUUUCCAUCUUAUGCUUUUCAUUCGAGGUCAGAUCAGAUUUUAUAUUCAGUAUUUGAAAAUAGAUUUUCCCAGAUUUUCAAUUCUCUUGAAGUAUGAAAUUGCACAUGUGGUUGGUAUUUAAAUCGAUCAUGAUCAAUUU